UAUUAUUCGACGUGACUUCGAGAUGAAUAGAGCGCGCGUAUAGCUCCAAGCAUCGGACAGAGAGUUGUCGCUCUUUUCUGUCGCGCUGCCGCUCAGUCGGUGUCGCGCGAUCGUGCAACGCGUAUCGACGAUUCACGCUCGUCCUAUAUCUCUUGGGAUUAUUUCUUUUGUUCGCGAAUUUUAACCCCUUCGUUGUGCCACUGGUGUACACUGUGGAAUUUUAAACUUUUACGAGGAAAGUGGAUCACGCGAAUCGGAAGGGGAAAAAAAUCAAAGAAGACUCGAUAAGUUCGGAACACAAGUUUCGAAUGAGAGAUCUCGAGGAUCUACGAGAGGAGAGAAAAAAAAAAUUUGUAAAUUUUUGCUCUCAGUGCGGAGUGAUGUGAUUCGAGCGUGGAUUUUAGAAAAGUGGACGAAGUAUUACCUCGAUGCCAACUUUAUUUUUAACCCUUUGAAAGCGGCGGUUGAAUGGGAGAGCCGCGUCACGAAACGGAGAUAUUCUAUUAUAUCUGAAUGGAGGAAGCGCGUCCGCGGUUUGGAGAAGGAAGAUAUCGAAAGAUUCAAAGGAGCACGGCGGAACUUCUUUUUUUUUUCUUUUUUGCCUCGUGUUUAAAAAAAGCCUUUUGUCCGUUUAUUAAUUAAUAGUCGCUAUUGUUCCCACUCGAUAAACGUUGGACAAUUUCGAGUCUGAAAUUUCGAGCGAGGAAUUAGCAAGAUCGCGGUGUCAGAUGCUCGCGUGGUGUACAUCGAGGAACGCGAAGAUGUAGCUCGAUCGACCGUCGCCAUCGCGUGAUCAUCAAGAAUCGAAUACCACCGCGGUAACAGUGGACAUACUUAUCUAUAAUUAAACUAUAUAAUGCUGACAGUGUACCCCGAACGUGAACAUUUACUCUCGCGUUGAAUACCAGUUGACCAGUUUGAAUCUCUGCAAAGAGCAAACAACGAUCUACCUCGUAUUCGACGCCUGCUAAAAUAAUACUCGGCUUUCGAACGUUGGAAGAAAGGAUCGGUCGUUGAAAAAAAAAAAAGAAAGAAAGAAAGAAAAAAGAAAAAGAGAAAGGAAAAGAGAAAGAAGAGGAAUAAUAAGAAGGAAUCGGAGGAUGGGGGGACACGCGGAGGGAGCGAGGAUCGCGUGGUCAGUGGCACGGCUUCCGUCGUGGCCGUGGAGAACGAGAUUCUUAGGCCAGCUGGCCUGAGAUAUGCCAGCAGCAACAGACCUCGUAAUCACGGAACAAUCGAGAACGAUAUCAUCCUCGUCAUCGUCAUCCUCCUCCUCAUCGUCAUCGAGAACGGAAACGGCGGUAUCGAGGUGUUCUGGGGGUGUCGCUGGCCGACAGCUGGCGGUAGAGAUCGAGACGAUCGAGCGCCGGGUCUGCGCGACCCGACGCGACCUCUUCGUGCCCGUGACCGUCGACCCUCGGCCCAGCCGGGCCGUCCACUGUCCCGAUCUAAACGCCUGUUUGGUGAACGAGUCCCGAUCUGGCCACGACCAGGUCGACUGCCAGGCGAUUCACUUCGGUUACGCGAUCCCCGUGAACGUGGUCCCCCUGGGAACCGAUCCACGGCUCGCCGAGCUCGUCUUGGACCACUCGACCGAGUUGAGCAGACGUGCGGCGAGCUUCCUGCUUGAGCACCAUCCCCAGCUGCGCCAGCAGCGGCAGACGCAGCAGGAACGUUGUCCAAGCAUGGCGGCAACCGCGAAGCACGAUCUGCGACAGAAAUUCCCGACGGACACCUCGACGUCCGGUGACGAGGACAUCGCGGCGAUCGCGAAACAGAUCAGCGACCACGCGGAGGCCAUCUAUCAGACUUGGAAGAGUCGUGGGCUAGCCCCUACCGAGAUAUUGAACUGCCACAGCAAUGCCACGGCAGCGGACAAGUUCGGAAGCGCUCUCACGCCGAGCUCCGCGAAUUCGAGCAGCGCCAACAGUACUGGGAAAAGUUCGCCGACGAGCGGCACACCGGCCACGGCGGCGGUUGAUAUACUGAGCCAAACGCCGAAUCUCGAUAACGGAAAUUUGGAGAAGCUGGUGAACAAUUUCGUGGUGGAGGACAAAGCUAGGUUAGCCGCGUCGAGGCAGAGGUCGCCGUCCAAGACUCUACCCUCGUCGAUACAGUUCGCGCUAGAGAAGUUCGAGAAGAACUCGAUGCAGCAACAGCAGCAACAAUCGCAGACCUCUCCGUUGAAGAGCGGUAACGUCGGUGGCAGCGGUCAGGGGAAGGCGAAGCAAGCGACUAUCCUCCUGUCCCCGACUUCCCCGUUCACGAACAAACCUUCGCAGAUAGUGAAGCCUCAGGUUUCCCCGAAAACGCCGGGCGCGCAUCAUCGGGAAGUGUUUUUGGAAACUAUAGAGACCACCUUUCCCGCGGAUAUCACGCCGUCGAAGAUCGUGGUGCAGCAAAAGAGGCCAACGAGUACGGUCAUCACCUCUCCCACCGCUUCCUCCAACCUCGACGAUUCUUCCACGAAUUCAGGUUUGACCACUUGGCCCCUGAAGAACAAGUUGAACGACAAUAAAAGAAUAACGGAUCCUUGUAGAUCCUCGCCGCAACAGGAGGGCAAAUCGUUGACGAGCAAGGAGGAAAAGAGGAACAGCGGUUCCAAUUCGAGCGCGUACCUGGACGAGGUUGCACGCGAGGAGGAAAGACUGAUAAACGCCCUGAAGACGGGCUCGGUGAUCACGGAGGAGCCCGUGGAGAGGACGGUGCCCCUCACUCGUCAGAAACCCGCGAUCAAGAGGGAGAAACCGAAGGUGGAGCCCGUUAAACCGAUAAUCAUCGGCCACAAUCAUCAUGGAGGGGGCCUGGUCCCCGCUUCCGCCACCAUGGUGAACAACGUGACGUCCAUCGGGACACAGGGAACCAAUCCCGGUGCGACGUCAGACGCGAAAUCUCUGAGCAAGGAUGAUCUGUCCAACAUGUCGGUGGUGGAUUACGCGAAAGUGAGAUACAGAGCGGCUCAGCAAAAUCCUCCGACUCAGCAGAGGUUGGAGGAGCAGAGAACGAACAACAACAGUUUCAAUUCCACGGAGCAGUUAGUGUCUACCACGAGGUCUAAAUUCGAAACGGAGAUACAAAAGGACAAGGAAGCGGGUAAAGAGGAAAAGGAUCCUGUCACGUCUAGAUGGGGCCCUAGAAUCAAUUCGCCUAGGCCAAGAAUCGAGCAAGUACCUCAUCCGGAAUUGACCACCCAACAGAAGCAGCAUAUCAGAGCUGCCGCCGCGACUGGAACCGGGAACAAUCCUAUCAGACCGUUUUUAACCAGGGGAUCGGUCGCCGAACGCGUUUUGAUCUUCGAGAAGUGCCCGAGUGAGCUGUUGCUCGACAAACGAGGGCCACGUCAACCGGCCAUCAACACUUGGAGAACGGGACACGAGGUUCAAAACAAGGCUCAGACGUACGCGAAAGACAAGACACAGCAAAAGAGCUUGCCACCGCACACGACACUCCAGAGGCACGUGAAAGCGAACAGAAACGUUCACAUACCACGAUUUUACUUUCCCGGAGGAAAACCUUUGCCGUUAUCGCAAGUGGAGGCAACUGUCGCGAGGAUCACCGCCGCUUUUCAAGCUCUUCCCGGCCACCGUGCGUCUCGAGCCCAAUUUCACACCAUUACAAAGGCAUGCGACUUGCCACUCUAUUGGAAAGUGCCGCUUUUCCUCGCGGCUGGCGGAGAUCAGACCGGCUACGUUGAGAUGAACGCGUUCCUUGAUUUUUGGAAGGAAGAAAUAUCGAACACCCACCACGACGCGGCGAGCAAGUUUAUUCGAAUCACAACCCGGGGCCAGAGGAACAAUAUACUGCCGGAGGAUUUGAUACCCCUGGUGCAAGACGUGGUCGAGACCCAUCCCGGUUUAACUUUUCUCAAAGAGGCUACUGAGUUCCAUUCACGCUACGUACACACGGUGAUCGCUAGGAUAUUUUACUGCGUGAAUCGAAGCUGGAGCGGAAGAAUUUCCGUGGCGGAGUUGCGAAGAAGCAAUCUCCUCUCUGUGAUCGCGAUCCUCGAGCACGAGGAAGAUAUCAAUCAAGUAACAGCUUACUUCAGCUACGAGCAUUUCUACGUGAUCUACUGCAAGUUCUGGGAGCUCGAUCGUGAUCACGAUCUUUUCAUCGACAAGACGGAUCUCACGAAACAUAACGAUCACGCUCUUUCCAAACGUAUGAUCGCGAGAAUAUUCAGUGGUGCGGUGACCAGGGGUGGCGUGAAAAGCGGAAACGGCGUCCAACAGUCCCAGGAUAAAAUGAGUUACACGGAAUUUGUGUGGUUCUUGUUAAGCGAAGAGGAUAAAAACCAUCCGACAGCUAUCGAAUAUUGGUUCAGGUGCAUGGAUCUCGAUGGUGAUGGAUAUUUGUCCAUGUACGAAUUGGAGUAUUUUUACGAAGAGCAAUUGCAUCGCAUGGAGGCGAUUGGAUUGGAGACGUUACCUUUCGAGGAUUGCCUUUGUCAGAUGUUAGAUAUGAUCAAGCCGGAAAAAUCUGGGAAAAUAUCUCUAAGCGACUUGAAAAAGUGUAAAAUGACUUCAAUCUUCUUUGACACGUUCUUCAACCUCGAAAAGUACCUGGAUCACGAGCAGAGAGAUCCCUUUGCAUCUGCCAGAGAACACGACCCUGAUGGCCACGAGCUGUCAGACUGGGACCGAUUCGCGGCAGAGGAGUACGAAUUGUUGGUCACCGAGGAGAGUGGUAACGAACAAAAUGAGCAAAUGCCAAACGAUUCCAUAUCGGAGGAUGCGUUUUCUCCAAAUUUGGAGAUUCUGGAUGGUGAAUCCGUGGACAUAGUUCAAGGCGCAGAUAUCCAAUUUAAAGGAUAUUCCGAUGAUAUAUCUACAAUUAAUCCAUUGGACUCUAUUCAUCAGCAGUCGAAGAACCAAUAUUAUGACAGUGGUGAUAGCGACGAUUAUGCUGAGAGUGAUAAUUGAAUAAAUAAGGGAAAGUUGAACGUUAUUCAGGAAAGAGAAAGCAAAGAAAGAGGGAAAUUAUCUCUAGACGGAAUUUAGUAGUUUAAAUGCGUAGUUGUUUUCUAUGUAGUAAGAGUGUCGUGUAAUCUUUUUGUGAACAGUCGUAUAUUAUGAUAAAAUGUUUCUCGGCGAAUUAUUCGAUACGAAUCCAUUCGGUGAUCUAGUCUGAACGAUUUCUUUAAAGUACAAAAACAUUCAUGAAUAAUUGAUAUAUCCUAUCUUAUAUUUAAAUAUCACUUUAAAAAGAUACCGAUGAAAUAGAACUUUGGAUGUUUUUUUAGAUAUUGAACAAUUUUUAAUUGUUUAAAAAAAAAAUAACAAAAGGAAAAUAUCAUAGGAAACUCUUUGAAGCAGAGAAGCUUUGAUAUCACCGAAUCGAUCCGUAACUGUGAAUAGUAGUCGAGAAGAAGAUUCAGGCCACGGCACGACGAUGUGUGAUAAGCAAGCGUCAUUGUUCAAUCUCUUUAUGAUAUACAUAUUGUGUACUUCACGUUGUAAAUAGACAGUAAAUCACGAAUCCUUAUUUUUACUUAAUGCGAGAAAAUCACUUGAAAAAAAUGCGAGUCUUUCAAUUGCUGCAGCCAACCUUUAUAAAAAUCGAUUAAAAAUAGAAUUUCUAGAAAUUUAAAAAAAAUUCAAUCAGUUAAUUAUUUUGACAAAUUAUUUUCUUAUUUUAAUUCAAAAGGAGUAAUUUUUUAGUCUAAAAAAAAGACAAAGAAAAAAUUAAAUUGUUUGUAAGAACACGUUUCUCUAAAAGAAAACUUGUAGGCUGCAACAAAUGGAAAUUGCGUGUCAAAAGAUUCAUAAUCGUUGGAUUUGCGAGUAAGGGGUGUUAUUACUCUAUGUAAUCAUCUUGUAAGUCAUAGUGUUACACUGUACGCAAAAUAUUGCACGCAAGAAACAUUCAAAGGAUCGAGUGAGAUUGUAUCAGUAAAGUAUUCUUCCAAUUCGAUCCGUUAUAUUAAUAUUCAUAAAGCGGGGUGUAUCCUGUUUUUCGAACGUUGCAGACUAUGAUCUAUGAUUGCUGUUUCUUUUCCACGUGUUUGCAGGUAAUUUCUUAUGAAAUGAUGAAAACAAGCCAAAGAUGAGACGUGUUCCAUUACCUUCAACACGAAGGUACAAAGGAAAAUGAAGAAACAAAGAAACUAUGAAGAGCAGAUGCUGCUAUAAAUGAUGAAACGUCGUCCUUUCCAACUAAGUGACAUUUGUUUCGAGAUUCAAAGGGAUUUUGUGAAAUUUCCCUUUAAGUGUUGGACGAGUGGACAUGAUUUUUUAUAAGUUAAAGCUUUAUAGUGUUCUCCUCAAAACGAUGCAUUCUGAAUAUCAUUGUUUUUCUUCUUCCUCUUUUUUUUUUUUUUUUUUAAUCGAUAUUUUAUGUAAUUUUUAACUUGUUAUUAAGAAAUUAUUGUGGUUUAAAGUAUAUAAGUCUCCGAUGAUAAAUGUAAGGAGAUUCUAUUUUUAGAUUCCUUUUCGUUGGGAAAACACCAUGAAGAACGUAUGCGUUUCUAGACGAUUGUUGAAGAGCGUGUGGUGAGAUUUUGUUGAAAGUGUCUACUGCCACAGCAAAGGACUCUUAAAAACGCGGUUCGACUUAAUCUAAGUUACAACAUACAAGAAGAUCAGAAGUUGUACCCUCUUAUUUUUAAACAUCUCUUAUAUACGUUUUAAUUGUUACUGUUACUAUUAAUUGCUCAUCAGAUUUUAUUUCUGCGUGAAUUUUACGACUUGUUAUUUCAUUAAAUAAUAAUUAUACGACUGGUAUAUUGUUAUUUUUAAUUGAUAAAAAUGAAAGUACUCCGAGAGAUAUAGGGUACAAUUGAUUUACAAGAAUCCGCUUGAGCCGCCAAGACUGCUGGAAUGUAUAUAUUAAUUUCGUCUUCGAGAUUUAUUUUAACGACGUAUAUAUAUAAUAAUAUACUCUAGUCGAAAUGUGUGCUAUAAUUCACAUAAUGAAGACCACGUGUGAGAUGGCGAGUUAAUUUUAGAUCUAUUUCGUGUUAUUUGUUAAUUAAACAGUGUUAAAUUGCAAACAAUGUAAAUUGCAUUGGUGAAAAAUUCUUUGUCGUAAAGGAUAUUUAAUCCUGGACCAUACUACAAAUAAUCACUUUCAAUAUUAAGCUUGGAGAAAUUCUAGAGAAUUUAUCGAAAUAAAUUCAUAAAUAAUUCAAUGAUAAUAAAUACAUAUCGAAAAUCGCAUGGAAUGAUUGAAUGUUCUAUACUUAAAUAUUUGCAUUAAAAGAGAUAAUGCUCAGAUCGAUAUUUUUAAAAUAUAGUUAAAUUAUUCUUAUUGCUGUUACAUAUCUGUUCAAUUGAUUGUGUAAAUUAGCUGUUUUAAGAACCGCUUUUUAAACUGUCUAAUCGAAAAUUCGUGUUUGUCACGUUUCAAUAUUAAAAAUACGUGUUCCUUUACGUCGAUGAAUUUUCACGAUUAGCAAAAAGAAAUGAAUAAAAUGAUAAUGAAAUAGUUAUUCGAUAGGAAAAUCUCUUGCAAAAUCGAAUUCGUGAAUUUCGUCGCAACAUUUUUUAAGGAUAAAUAACCUUUUAUUUGGUAAUUUACUUAUUAAGUUAAUAUCAUACGAUAUUUGAUCAUUAAAAAAAGACAGGUUAUUUUUAAUGAAAAAGAAGAUUUAAAACUUUCAAUUGUAUUUUUAAGAAUGCAAAUAAAUUCAAGAGAUGAUUAUAAAUAAAACUCUCCAAAUAAAAGGUUGAUGUUUAAAGUUAUUUAAUUUAGUUAAUUUUUAAUAGAGCUUUCCAAAUAAAAGAUUGAUGUUUAAAGUUAUUUAAUUUCUCCAUUGCGUUAUCGCAACAAGAGAAUGGUUUUUUGCGAGUGAUCGCUUUUGUUGACUGUCCAAAGAUGUAACUAUUAACACUUACAGUAUAUAUCUUUUAUAUAGCUUAUAAUUUUUUAAAUAUAUAUAUAUGUAUACAUAUAUGUAUAUGUAUGUAUAUGUGCAUAUCAGUUGGUAAAAUUUCGUUGUGACAAUGUAAUGCGCAUCGAAUUUCUAUUGAAUGAAAAUUAGACGAGAGAGACGUCUGAUUAUGUUAUUAUUCGUCAUUGCAUUUGGCCAUGUUUUCGAUUGUUAUAUUUAUGAUAGGUUUAUCACUGUUCUAGAAAUCUGUUACGUGAUUUCUUAAAUCGAGCGCCGUCUCUCCAUGAUUUCGUAUUUUUUUUCGAAGAAAGAAAAAGGAACGAUCAUUAUAUAUCCUUUUUUUUCAUGAAAAAAUCGAAUUUAUGGUUAAUUUCGCAGACGCGAGCUUAGACAGUCUCGAUAAUUAGACUCACGUUACUAUUUACCCUACAUUUUUAUUUAUAUAUUUUAUCUGUGCAUGAGUAGACAAUUAAGGUAAUUUUGCAAGUUAAUAAAAAUGAAUGGUAAAAACUA